CCCCUCUCUCUUUUCGAUAACCGUGAGAGCCAGCCAGCUGAGGGUCACAAGUAUGAGUGGCUAUACUGUCGAAGUUACAAAUCUGUCCCCUAGUGCAACUGAAAAAGAUCUUUAUGAUUUCUUUGCGUUUUCCGGGGCAAUUGAACACAUUGAGAUCAUCAGAUCUGAUGCAUCUGUAAACAGGUCAGGAGAUUAUGCUUCCACUGCUUAUGUAACAUUCAAGGAUCCUCAUUCCUUGGAAACUGCCGUAUUGCUCAGUGGUGCUACCAUUGUAGAUCAACGUGUUUGCAUAGCACGCUGGGGACAUGAUGAUGAAGUUAGUGAUUUCUGGGAGAGGCCUUACUGGAAGCUUGAAGAUGAUACUCAGUCCACGGCUGCACCCGCCAACCAUGGCACCACAACUCCAAGGGAAGCCAUGACAAUGGCACAAGAUGUUGUCAAAACCAUGCUGGCAAAGGGAUAUACACUAAGCAAAGAUGCCUUGAUCAAAGCCAAAGCUUUGGAUGAAUCCUAUCAAGUCUCAGCCACUGCUGCAGCCAAGGUUGCUGAUUUGAGCAAGAGAAUUGGACUGACAGAUAAGAUUAAUGCUGGUGUUGAUGCUGUUCGAUCAGUGGAUGAGACGUAUCAUGUAUCAGAGACCACCAAGACAGUUGUGUCUGCAACCGGGAGAGCAGCUGGAAGUGUUGCGAACUCUGUUGUCAGCAGUAGCUAUUUCUCUGCUGGAGCUCUACUAAUUUCUGAUGCUCUCACAAAAGCUGCCAAGGUUGCAGCAGAUUUGGCCUCCCAUGGUAGCAAAAAGUGAAACAAACUGCUCCGAACGUGAAGCCUUAUGAGGUCAUAUAUCGAAUAAGGAUUUGUAGAUUGUAAAUAAUGCGGUAGAAAUGGAUUGCAAGUAUAUGACUAUAGUUAGUGACUGUACUUUGAUGACUUGGGUUGAUGUAAUAAUUGACGUAAUAAUGCUUCUCAGUUUAGAUUAUGGUUUAUUUGUGGUUA